AUGCUCAGGCUGCUGGCGCUCGCGCUGCUGCUGCUGCUGCUGGCGGCCUGCGGUUCUGGCUCUGCGGGGCUGAACGACACGGAGCCCGUGGUUCUGGAGGGGAAGUGUCUGGUGGUGUGCGACUCCAACCCGUCCGGGGACGGCGCGGGGGCCGCGAGCUUCGGGAUAUCAGUGCGCGCGGCCGGGGCCAAAGUGGCCUUCUCCGCGGUGAGGGGGACCAACCACGAGCCGUCCGAGAUGAGCAACAAGUCCAUGACCAUCUACUUUGACCAGGUGCUCGUCAACAUCGGGAACCAUUUCGACCUGAAGGCCAGCGUGUUCACGGCGCCACGGAGAGGAAUCUACAGCUUCAGCUUCCACGUGGUGAAGGUCUAUAACAGACAGACUAUCCAGGUGAACCUGAUGCACAACGAAUACCCGAUAAUCUCCGCCUUUGCGGGCGAUCAGGACGUGACACGCGAGGCGGCGAGUAACGGCGUGCUGCUGCACCUGGAGCGCGAGGACCGGCUUUAUCUGAAGCUGGAGCGAGGGAACCUGAUGGGCGGAUGGAAAUACUCCACGUUCUCCGGCUUUCUGGUGUUUCCACUCUAGUUUCCACACUCUCAGGAGCAGUAGGGAAUGACCCUACACCUGGACAUCCACGUUCCUGCACGUUUCACCUCCAACCCCAACUCUGUAUCAAAUUGAGUAGCUCUGUAAGGUACUACCUGCUUUUAGAGCAAGUGCUGUGUUCAUAGCGGGAAAUUAAGCAGGGUGUAGUGUUGAUACUCAGAUGAUGUGCUGCAAAGUAAAGUGUUACACAGUGAACUCCAUACGGAGACGAAGGGGAGCAAUCAGAAGGUUCUGCUUGAGAUUUUCAGCAUUGAAAGUGAGUUAGGCGUCUUUGUCCUACUUGUAUUUUUACGCAACCUUAUUUACAUUAGAAUCAGUGCUGUCAAGCGAUUAAAAUAAUUAAUCAUAAUUAAUUGCAUUGUUUAA